AAGGCUUGGAGCCCGCUGCGGGGGACACCGGGAUGCGGUCGGGGCCGGGGUCGGGUGGCGGCCGCCCGGGCAGGUGGGGAGGGCCUCCGGGGCUCGGGAGAGCGCGGGAGAGCAGGCCGCCCGCCUGGGCGCUCUCCAGCCCCGCAUCCCCGCGCUCCCGCCUCUCCGUCCGCCCGGCCGCCUGUCUCUCCGCAGGCCCCGCGCGCCUCCCGCCCGCGGCCGCCGCCGCCAUGAGCUCGUGCAGCAGCCGCGCGCUGACCUUGCUGAGCAGCGUGUUCGGCGCCUGCGGCCUCCUCCUGGUUGGCAUCGCGGUCAGCACCGACUACUGGCUCUACAUGGAGGAGGGCACGGUGUUGCCCCAGAAUCAGAGCACCGAGGUCAAGAUGGCGCUGCACGCUGGCCUCUGGAGGGUCUGCUUCUUUGCAGGCCGGGAAAAGGGUCGCUGCGUGGCCUCGGAAUAUUUCCUCGAGCCCGAGAUUAACCUGGUGACCGAGAACACCGAGAACAUCCUGAAGACUGUCCGCACCGCCACCCCGUUCCCCAUGGUGAGUCUUUUCCUGGUCUUCACGGCUUUCGUCAUCAGCAACAUUGGCCACAUCCGCCCUCAGAGGACCAUACUAGCUUUCGUGUCCGGCAUCUUCUUCAUCCUCUCAGGCCUCUCCCUUGUGGUGGGCCUAGUCCUCUACAUCUCCAGCAUCAAUGACGAGGUCAUGAAUCGGCCCAGCGGUUCGGAGCAGUAUUUCCACUAUCGCUACGGCUGGUCCUUCGCCUUUGCGGCCUCCUCCUUCCUGCUGAAAGAGGGGGCCGGCGUGAUGUCCGUCUACCUGUUCACCAAACGCUAUGCGGAGGAAGAGAUGUACCGGCCUCACCCGGCCUUCUACAGGCCCAGGCUCAGCGACUGCUCCGACUACUCGGGCCAGUUCCUCCAGCCCGAGGCCUGGCGUCGAGGCCGCAGCCCCUCGGACAUCUCCAGCGACGUCUCGAUCCAGAUGACACAGAACUACCCUCCCGCCAUCAAGUACCCGGACCACAUGCACAUUUCCACCUCGCCGUGCUGAGGGGCUGCGCCGCCCCGCCCCGCCCCGCCCCUCCCCUUCUCCUCCGCUUUCCCGAGGCCCCCCUUCUACUCCCCGCUUCAGCCCGGUC